AUGGAUGAAGAAGGCAACAUCACCAGCCUUGAGGCUGCGUUACCAGCAGGUGGAACACGAAUUCUUCAGUUUGUAGAAGACAGAAUACAGACUACUAUGCUGACCGGAAUUGCAAUUGGAGCUGCAGUCGCCUUAUUACUUAUAGCGAUUGUUGUGUUUGUCGUCUACAGAAGAGUGAAACAAUCUAAACAACUUCAGCCACGUGUGCCUCAGUACAGGUUUCGCAAGCGAGACAAAGUGAUGUUCUAUGGGCGGAAGAUCAUGAGAAAGGUUACAACUCUUCCAGACUCUCUGGUUGGGAACACCAUGCCUCGCCAAAGGAUGCGGAAGCGGGCAAAAGUUUUAUCUUUGGCUAAAAGGAUUCUGCGUAUUAAGAAGGAGCGUCCAACUCUACAGCCAAAAGAGCCACCUCCCUCUUUGCUAGAGGCAGAUCUGACUGAAUUCGAUGUAAAGAAUUCCCAUUUGCCAUUGGAAGUCCUAUACAUGCUUAAAAAUGUUAGGGUCCUUGGCCACUUUGAGAAACCUCUUUUCCUGGAACUGUGCAAGCACAUGGUUUUUGUGCAAUUGCAUGAAGGUGAAUACAUCUUUCGUCCUGGGCAGCUGGAUAACAGCAUCUACGUUGUGCAGGACGGCAAGCUGGAAGUUUGCAUUCAAGAAAGUGAUGGAACAGAAGUGGUUGUUAAGGAGGUGCUGGCAGGAGACAGCGUCCACAGCCUUCUCAGCAUUCUUGAUGUUAUCACGGGUCACCCUGCUCCCUAUAAAACGGUCUCAGCCCGAGCAGCCAUUCCGUCCACUAUAUUGCGACUUCCAGCAAGUGCCUUUCAAGAUGUCUUCCAGAAAUAUCCUGAAACUCUUGUUAGAGUGGUACAGAUCAUCAUGGUAAGGCUGCAGAGAGUGACAUUCCUCGCUUUGCACAACUACCUUGGUCUGACUACUGAGCUCUUCAACUGUCAGAGCCAAGCCAUCCCACUCAUCUCUGUGGCAAGUGUAACAUCUGGAGGAAGUUCGAGCAAAGCAGUGAAAAGACAAGUGUCUAAUGUAUCAGAGGAAGAUCGUGCAGAAAAGUUUGAAAAGGCUGGGGAAGCACAGGAAAUAGAUACGUUGAAGAUUUCUGGUACAGAAAACUCUGAACAUGUUUUCAGAAGAAGCCUUUCUGCACCUCCCUGUGCAGGGUCUGCAGAGGCUUCUAAUAAUUCCAGUGGUGCAAAGUCAGACAUGGACAUGGCAUAUGAAAGAGCCAGAGUGCACUUUGGCUUGGAGGACACCGCCAGCAGUCCUGUUGUGGGCAAGUCAAUAUUGAAGAAGACUGUGACAGUGACAGAAACUCCUUCAGCCGUUUUCCAUUACAGUGCUGUGCAAGAUUCCUGUAGUAGCAAAUACACUGAUGCCAUCAUUGAAGCAGCAAAGAAAGACCUUUCCACCUUGAUGAAACUCGAUGAUCCUUCGUUGUUGAAUGGGAAAGUGACACUGCAUCAGGUUACUGCUGGGACUGUGCUAUCGAGGCAAGGAGAUCAGGAUGUUAAUAUUCGCUUUGUGGUCUCGGGGAUGCUUCACGUGUACCAAUGGAAGGUAGACUCGGAAGAGGACACCUGUCUGUUCAUUACCCAUCCAGGAGAACUUGUAGGCCAGCUCGCUGUCCUGACUGGGGAACCACUGAUUUUCACCAUCAAGGCCAAUCGGGACUGCAGCUUCCUGUCUAUUUCCAAGUCCCAUUUCUAUGAGAUAAUGCGGGAGCAGCCAAGCGUAAUUCUCGGUGUGGCCCAUACUGUUGUGAAGAGAAUGUCCCCAUUUGUUAGGCAAAUUGACUUUGCCCUGGAUUGGAUGGAGGUUGAGGCUGGACGAGCUGUUUACAGGCAGGGUGACAAGUCAGACUGCACGUACAUUGUGUUGAAUGGUCGACUUCGCUCAGUCAUACGGAUGGAUGAUGGAAAAAAGCACCUGACGGGUGAAUAUGGCCGAGGAGACUUAAUUGGAGUGGUAAGAGCCAUUACAAACAAACCAAAAAGCCCUGCGCAAUGCUCUUUUGUGAUACGG